CAACAACAAUAGCAAUAUUGAAUUACAAGAUCUAACAAAGUGCCUAACCUCAAUGGUUCUCUCCCCCUAUAAAUAUAGGCUUCUACAAGACUUGAGCUACCAAAUAGAAUCUAACCAAAUCUACACAAUUUGCUUUUUUUUUUUUUUUUUACCUCCAAAUUGUGCUUCCUUCCCAAAUGGCCCCAGAACCCAUUCACCCUAUCAAGGUUGGUCACAUCGAUGAUGUCCAAGAACUCAGAAAAUCCAAGCCUUCCAUUAUUCCUGAGAGAUUUGUGAGGGACAUGACUGAGAGGCCAACUCUUGCCACUCCCAUGCCAUGCUCCACUGACAUUCCCACCAUCAAUUUCUCAAAGCUUGUAAAAGGAACCAAAGAUGAAAUCAAAACUGAGAUUUCCCAACUUGCAAACGCCUCUGAGAACUGGGGCUUUUUCCAGGUGGUUAAUCAUGGGAUUGAUCUGAGUAUACUUGAGAGCAUAGAGAAGGUGGCCAAGGAAUUUUUCAUGCUGCCUUUGGAAGAGAAGAAGAAGUAUGCACUGGCUCCUGGGACUGUUCAGGGAUAUGGCCAGGCUUUUGUGUUAUCAGAAGACCAGAAAUUAGACUGGUGCAACAUGUUUGCUCUUGGGGUUGUACCAAACUUUAUAAGAAGCCCCAUGUUAUGGCCAACAAACCCAGAAAAUUUUAGUGAAAGUGUAGAGGUCUAUUCAACGGAAGUGAGGAAACUGUGCCAGAAUCUGCUGAAAUACAUAGCCAUGAGCCUUGGCUUGAAUGGUGAUGUGUUUGAAAAGAUGUUUGGGGAGGCUGUGCAAGCCCUAAGGAUGAACUACUACCCUCCAUGUCCAAGACCUGACCUAGUAUUGGGACUAAGUCCACACUCAGAUGGAAGUGCCCUCACAGUUUUGCAGCAAGGGAAGGGCAACUCAGUGGGACUUCAAAUCCUCAAAGAUGACAGAUGGGUCCCUGUUAAGCCCAUUCCCAAUGCACUUGUCAUCAACAUUGGAGACACCAUCGAAGUGAGUAAAAAUAUUGGUAGCAUAAGAAAAUCUUUCCUAAUAGAGGGACGUGCGGAAAGCUCUCUUUUGAGAUUGAGGGUUCUUACAAAUGGGAAAUACAAGAGUGUGGAGCAUAGAGCAGUGGCUCACAAGGGGAAAGACAGGCUUUCAAUUGUGACAUUUUAUGCUCCUACCUAUGAGAUAGAGGUUGGCCCAAUGGAAGAAUUGGUGGAUGAAAACAACCCAUGCAAUUAUAGAAGAUACAAUCAUGGAGAGUACAGUAAACACUAUGUAACAAACAAGUUGCAAGGCAAGAAAACCUUGGAGUUUGCCAAGAUUCAAACCAAAUCUCAAACUAUUCCAUUGUAGCACGUAUGUGUUUCAGACCAAACUAGGUGGUGAUCAAGCAGUUUAUUCUCUGGACAAGACGUUCGUUCGUUACUAAACGGUAGACUGUCGAAAUAGUAUAAUGGAAUGUUAUUGAUAAUAUAUUAAUAAUAUAAUGUACCGACAUGUUAUCAAAUGUACUGCAUGAAUUGUCAUAUGCAUGCCAAGGGGGUGGUAAAUUAUUGGGUUGCACUGUUCAUACGUAACUCAUUUUGUACAAUCUCUCCAAUCAAUGGAAUCCUAUGGAGUUUGUGGGUUUGGAAGCUUUUUCUUAUCAA